AUAACAACAAUAUAUUGUGAUGUGUUUUGCAAUAAUGCUAUUGAAGUGCUAACCCUUUUUUAAUGGAUUUUUAUUUAUUUAGUUAAUUUAAUUUAUAUUUAUUUAUUAUAUACAACAACGACAUCAGCUAUAAUAAUGUGUUUAUAUUUAUUUAUUAUAACAAUAAUUAUUACAUCAAUUGACUAUUCAUAUCAAGGAAGUGCACCCAAAUUAAAGCCAUUUUUGUUUGAACGAAAUGUGGCCACCGGUCAAUCGGUUCGGGUGUACUGUCGCCUACUGGAGGGCAGUCCUCCCGUAUCGUUCCGGUGGCUAAAAGACGGCCACCAAUUAAAGCCAAUGACCUUAGAGUCGAUGGGAGUUGUCAUAGAGUCGCGCGAAGAUUACUCAUCGCUGGUUAUCGAUCGCGUCUCAGCCAUCACUUCAGGCAUCUAUACGUGUCUUGUGUCCAAUAUUUACGGCUCCGACACCUAUAGCGAUGUGCUUGUUGUUGAAGUUCCGCCAUACUUGAGAUCAUCGGUAUUGAUACCAAUAUUGGUGGCAAUUGUCAUAAUAGUGAUGGCCUGUUCCGGUGCUUAUGUCUAUAUAAAAAUGGAAGAACGAAACGCUCAGUUAGCCAAAGCAGGUAUACUAUCCGUUAGUCCAUCGAAACAAUUUCAUUAUAUCGACACAUCAGCCACACCUCAUAUGAGCCAUAGGACUAGUAUAGUGUCCGAAGAGGGAUCGCUUGCCUUUAAAUAUAGCGAUUCAUCAGAUAAAACAAAACCAUUGUUGGCCAGACCGGGACAGCCGGCUGUCCUCUGGGCUCACGAAACAAUCGCCGAAGAGAGCGAUGAAAAUUCAUACGCUAGUCUUCCCUUUCAAAAGCAACAUAUGGCUAGUUUUAAGUGUCAGCCAAACGGUGAACCACCUCAACUGCCGCCUCCCCUUCCACCUGACAAUCGCACCCUUAUGUAUGAUACGCCUCCCAAUACAUCGGGCGGCGGCAAUGUUUUCUGCAAAGUAGACGUUCAUCAUAACGACAACAGUGACUCUUAUGACGAAUUUUUUAAACCACAUCACGUCUGAACAUCAAACGUUGAUUAUUUAGACAACUAUUUACAAAAUGAUAAUUUUUUUAUUGAUAUUUUAUUUUAAUUGAAUAACUCAAAUUCAAGACACACAAAAAAAAGAGACAUAUAUUUAUCUCAAUGAACAUGUUUUUUAUUAAUAAUGCCCAUUUCAAUCCAUUUGAGUGAUAAACAUAAAAAAUAUUUUAGAUUUUUCUACAAUUUAAACAAUUUUUCGCAUUUAGUCGAUAAUAGUAAUAAUGAUGACGUGAUUUUAUAGUUUAUUGUAAUAGUUUUAUUUUAUAAAUUUCAAUGGAUUUAAAAAAUUAUUUGCAAAUAUAUAUAUAUAUUUGGCAUAUAAUUAUGUUUUAAUAUUU